UUAGUUGUGUUAUACUAAUCACAGCUGAUAGAAACACAACACAGCCUAGAGGUGUCUUCAGACAGUUGUUUCAGUGAGUGUGCCAAGAAACACAAAUAGAGGUGUAAAAACCGUUUGAGUCUGGGACUAAAAGGGCACUAAAGUCUCAACAGAGUAAAUGUGAUGGAGCCUCAUUUUGGAUGCAGAGACUGUGUUGUUGAGUAACAUGUUUUAGCUGAAAAAUAAAGUGAUACCAACACCUGUGCUUCUACAAGGCAAUCUCCAGGACCAUUGCUGUGUGGAAGCUGUUCACAUUUUUGUUGCGUCUCAUAAUACAUUUAUCCAUUUAAAAAAUUGUGGGAUUGUGCUGGCUGCUGGCAGUUUGAUCAGUUUGAGCUGCCAUUGCUCUUGGGAUUGGUAUUUUUCUGGCUUUUGAAAGCAAGCUGCUGGCAAGCAGAGUUCAGAUGGCAGAGGGCUGACCCGUCACAUACAGGUUUUCAGAGCUGUUGACAAGAUUUGGGCUUUUCAGUUCUCGCAGGGAACAGCUGUCCAGGCCCUGAGAUGGAGCUGCGCUUCUGGUUAACCAGAGUUUCUUUUCUGGUAUGUGCUGAGAAGUGUGUGCACCCUUCACGUGCGAGUGCCCUCAGGGCACUGAAUAUCUUUGUUGUAGCAGAGCUGAUUUAGGGUGGUUGCUUCACGUUCUGGUGUAUCCUGUCUGCCUGUCCUCCUGAGCUCUGCUGGCUCUCGCAGUGUAACUGUACUCGGUGCUGGCAGUGCCGCGUGUGGUGGCAUUGCUGACUCCCUCUCUGGAGGCCAGCCAGGAGCAGGCAGUUCUGUGCAGGGUCUGGGACAAAUCGGUACAAACGGACAUGCAACACCCAACUCCGCUUUUCCCUCCCCUGUACUGCCUGGUAAAUCUGGAAAAGGAGCUUUCUGUCUUGCUCUCCUGCAUGCUUCUGCUGGUUUCACUGUGUGAGGGAUCUUUGCCAUAUGUAUGAUUGCUUUGUAAUUUGUAGUUGCUCAAAGGGAACCGCAGGUUAUAUUGCUGUUGGGGAUUUUUAAAGGCAAAAGUUUUUUGCUUAACUGCAUUAUGAGCCUGGUUAAAAUGGAAAGCAUAACCGUGUUGUAUUUAUUUCUGUCCUGCCAUGACAGCCCAGAGCUGUAACACACCCAUGUUAUGCUUGAAAGAAUUUUCCUCAUUUGCAUGUGGUGUAGACUUAAACUUUUAACACAAAAUGGAAGUGUUCUGUUGUAGUUACAUUUUUCUGCGAGUGCUUUCUCCAAGUGUGCCCUGUGAAUGUGAUGUGGUUUAGAUUUAUCGCAGUGCUGAGUGUAUUCGCUGCCUCCGUCAGCUGCGAGAGCUUUCCCGCUGGGGCCGCUCCUCCCUGAUGGAAAAGGAGCAGCUGGGAAGGUGCUGUUUCAGGCUCUUGCUGGCAUUAAAAAAAAAAAAAAAAAAGGAAAAAACAAACUCCUCACACACACUUACAUUGGAGAGGGGGAACCAGGCCACGUGACUCCCACCAUCCUACCCUAUGUCACCGUGUGUGUAGGAGCGCUGACUGCUCCUGCCCAAUCAUGCCUGGAAUGCCGCUUGCCACUUGGGCUAUUUCUGCUAUCUGUCGCUCCCAGGGCUGCAGUGCUAACCGUUUGGCAGAUGGGACACUUUUUCUCGGAGUUCAUGUCUUUGGUUUUUAACUUCUGGCAGUGCCUGAAUUGUUGCUGUUCUCCCUCUCCUUUUCUCCUCUCUGUAAAACCAUGGCCCAUCGGCUGCGGUUUCAUUUUGGCUCUGGGAGAAGCAACACAGCUCCCGAAUCGGAGAUCCUCGCCCGGGAGAGAGAAGAUGACUUUUUCAUGGCAUUCCACACCUUGCCAAGAAGAAGCAGCCCUCACGCCUUCUCGCGGCACGGGGCGGAGGAUGGCAGCAAUGGAGGCUUGCACGAAGCGGGCUCCUUGAAGAGGAGCACAUCCAUGUUCAUCCCGCAGCUGCUGAACGGCGUGGACGCGCGCCCCACCAGGAGCUCGUCCAUGCAGAUCUCGCUGCAGCGCAAGGCCGCCGACGGCUGCGCCGACGAGAGCGCGGCCCCGGACUCUCCGGAGGAGACGCUGCCCUGGAAAUGCUCAGACUUGAGGGAGCGUCACGCAUCCCCCGCUGAAAAGCGCUCUUCUCCGAGCGCUCCUCAGGUGACUGCUGAAGGUUCUUCACCCAGGCUGCUGGAAGAGUUAGGGCAGCAGACAGACGGAACUGUUUGCUGUAACCGUAGAAUGUUUUGUAGCGCUAAUCCCCAGAGCGAGGAGGCUCUGCCGACUGCCCAACGAGAAGAAGCAAGUGAAGCGGCUUCAGGUUUAAACAUAAGCGGUGUGAGGAUUCAGCAUCGGGCCUCAAGUGCUGAGGUGCCUCAGGUUACUCUACUUCCCCUUGGUCCUGAGGCUCCAAAUAGCGCUCCCACCUCUGAACCCCGGCGCUGGUCCUUGCAGCAUGUGCCAGAUCUGUCAGCAAAUUCAGGGAAAAAGUUCUUUGUUCUCCAGUUACAGCAGCCACAGACCAGCAGUACGGGCACAGGAGGUGGAGGUAACUUUGGCUUUACCGGAACAAAAGGGGACAGAUUGGUCAGGUACCCUCGGAUACGGCUGGAAAGGAGUACUUCCUACCCCGUCCAGCCACCAGCAGAAGGAAUUAGCCCCACAGGUGAUGGGCUGAAUUCGGAGCUGCCUGGAAACAACGGGAACAGGGCAGAAAUACCUAGAAGCAAUUCAGUAGAGCGGAUGCCUCAAGGGCAGGGAUGCUUGUUUAAAAUCAGACCUGAUCAAAACAUGAGGCAGCAGCACUUCAGGAUUCUUGUCACGCGUGGGCCAGAAGAGCAAAGUCAGGGUGUUGGUAAGGAGGGUCGUGGCACCCCGUGUCCUGCGGCAGCCGGCCCCGCAGUAAGUAUGAUGCUGGGUGUGCUGUGCUGUGCUGUGCUGCUGAAACUCAGAUUGCCUUACAAAGGCUGCCAGGCUGCAGCCAACUGCAGCACUUCCAUUGGUAGUGCUGGAACGUUCUGCCUUUCUGUGGAGCAAACCACAAAUCAGCUUUAUUUCUAAUCUAAUGUAACUUUGCUCUCAGUUAAGAUUACAUCCAGAGUCAUAUUUUCGGAUCUUACUGUCACAUGUUUCUUAAUUCACUGUUAUGUCAGCUGGAAAGAUUUUUUUUAAAUCAGAGCAUUCAAAUAGCAAAUUAAAUGUUCCUGUUAGUUCAGUUGGCUGGGAUCUUACUGCAUGAAGAACUCUUUGUACACUCUGGUUUUAAAAAUCAGAAUACUUUGGCACUUUCUAAAUGUAAUGGACACACGUGUACCUCUACACACUUCCAAAAAAGUAUUGUAAUGAAGUAGUUGUUAAAACUCUGGGAAUCUUAGGGUGAUUUCAAUCAA